UGGGAGGUGGGGGGCCGGGGGGUCGCGUCCGAAAGCCCUCGCCCCGGUCCGGGUGCCACCUUCCUUCUCCGCCUGCUCGGGCGCCGCCGCGCCGCUGCGAGCGAGCCAGAGAGCGCUCCCUUCCUCCCCCUACGAGCGGGCGCGCGGAUAAUGUCUGAGAAUGUCCAUUUCUGGGACGCUUAGCAGCUAUUAUGUCGACUCGAUCAUAAGUCACGAGAGCGAGGACGCGCCUCCAGCCAAGUUCCCCUCCGGCCAGUUCGCGGGCCCGCGGCAACCGGGCGCCGCCGAGCACCUGGACUUCCCGUCCUGCAGCUUCCAGCCCAAGGCGCCCGUGUUCGGCGCGUCCUGGGCGCCGCUGAGCGCGCACGCGUCGGGGAGCCUGCCGCCCGUGUACCACCCGUACCUGCAGCCGCAGGGCGCGCCGGCCGCCGAGGGCAGGUACCUGCGCACCUGGCUGGAGCC